AGAGGUCCACAGAAAUUCCCUUCAACACAUGACCGACUAUUUCCUUCUCGCCCAAACCUCCUUGGGUGAACCUCUGUGCCGGUGUCUGCUCUGUGUUUUUUUUUUUAUUUUAACUGUUUAAACAGCCAUGUUUUCACUAAGGAGGAUUUUUGUGUUUCUUUUGUUUCUUACAGCGUCAACUUUCGUCCGUGCUGACAAGAUGACGACAGCCACCGUGUACUGGGACCCUGCUCAGAAGACGGUCAUCCUAAAGGAGGGGGUGGUGGAGACAGAGGGGGAUGCGUAUGGAUAUCUGAACGACACCCUGCGCACCACAGGCUGGAGCGUGCUGGAGGUCCACGCUGGGUAUGGACAGACUCCUGAAACUGAUGAGCUCACGUUCUUCCUGGCUGGUUACCUGGAAGGAUUCCUCACCGCCCAGCAGAUGAUGGAUAAUUACGUCAACAAGUAUCCUCAGCUGAUCACAGACCCAAAGAUCCUCGCUGCUGUUCAGAGUUUUAUGGAGAAGCAGGAUGCAUGGACCAGAGAGCAGGUGAGACUGAACCAAGGCUCUGAUCCUCUGUGGAGACACGCCGGGUUCAUCGUGGCUCAGAUGGACGGGCUGCAGGCCGGAGCUGCAGACUGGGCCAAGAAACAAGGAAAGAAGCCUCUGUCCCUGUUUGACGUUCAGUUCCUAAAUUCAGUGGGAGACCUGCUGGAUCUGAUCCCUGCCCUGGUUCCUGAUUCUAACCAUCGGCCCAAGGACUUCAAACUUCCAGGGAUGGGGCACUGCUCUGCUCUCAUCAAGCUGCUGCCCGGUUAUGAGAACCUCCUGUUUGCCCACUCCAGCUGGUACACGUACGCCGCCACGUUGAGGAUCUACAAACACUGGGAUUUCAACAUCUCUGACCCUAACACAGCCACGGGGAGACUGUCCUUCAGCAGCUACCCUGGGUUCUUGGUGUCUCUGGAUGAUUUCUACCUCCUUGGCAGUGGACUCAUGAUGACACAGACCACCAACAACGUCUUCAACUCCUCCUUGUUCGACCUCAUCACUCCUAAAAGUCUGCUGGCCUGGCAGAGGGUCCGCCUGGCUCACAGUUUGGCUCACAAUGGAGAGGAGUGGGCCAAAACUUUCUCUAUGCACAACUCGGGGACCUAUAAUAAUCAGUACAUGGUGUUGGACCGCAGUAAGCUCAAGUUGGGCGUCAGUGUUUCUGAUGGCGCUCUGACGGUGGUGGAGCAGAUCCCCGGGCUGGUGGAGUACUCAGACCAGACUCAGGCUCUCCGCAGAGGUUACUGGCCGUCUUACAACGUCCCCUUUCAUAAGAAGAUCUACACCCUGAGCGGUUACGUCCAGAUGUGGCAGGAGUUUGGAGAAGACUUUUCCUACGAUCUGUGUCCCAGAGCAAAGAUCUUCAGACGGGACCAGGCCAACGUGAAGGACCUGGACUCUUUAAAGUUCAUCAUGAGGUUCAACGAUUACAAGAAGGAUCCGUACUCUAAGGGGGACCCCUGCAAGACUGUCUGUUGCCGUGGAGACCUGAGGACAGAGAAGCCUUCUCCAUCUGGAUGCUAUGACACCAAGGUGACUGAUUUCCUCAUGGCGGAGAAAUUCACUGCGGAGGCGUUGAAUGGGCCGACCACUCAGGGAGGACUGCCCCCGUUCUCCUGGGGAAACUUCAGCAGCAUCAGUCACCAGGGUCUGCCCACGUACUACAACUUCACCUUUGUCAGGAUGCAGCCUCUUCUGUUCAGGCCGUGACCUGAGCGGGUGCGUGGGAUGAUUUCAGAGGUGUGAAUGACAUCAGCAUUUUUAUUUUGACUACUUGCGUCCAAAAGCAUUCGUUUUUUUUAAAGAACCUCCUUCUAUGUGAUAAAGUCCAAAAACUGCCAAUUAGACUUUAAUCAAUUUUCUAAAGAAUGUGCAUCUGUAUGUUUAUGAGAUGAUUAACUCUGGAAUAAGCUUGUCAGAAAUGUCAACACUUUAAUAAUAGUAUUAUUAUUAUUGUUAUAGAUUUGAAAAGCUUUAAAACCCUACAGAUCUUCAGCCAUUUUUAACCUAUAAUAGAAACUAAAUCACUGCUUAUAUUGCACAAAAACAUUGACAACAAGUGGGUGAAGCUAAAGAGGAGCCGGAGUUUCCCUGCUUACUUUAGUGGUAUCAAACCAGUGCCACAAAAUAUCAGGACGUCCCUACCUUAUAUGUGAAAGAAAUCAGCUGUUUUUUAUGUAUUUAACUAAAUGUGCCUUACACAAAAAGAGUGGUUUUAUGAUUUUAGCACUAAAACUGGUGGUUUUGCUGUCUUUAACUCUUUUUAGCAUGAAUGUCUUCAUACUUUGAUUUUCUUUGAAUCAAACAAUCAAUGCAAUGUCCGACUCAGGGCGGUGGAGUUUUCAGGGGCUGUGAUUUAUCUGUUUAUUUCUUACAUGGUGCAAAUUGAGAUUUUCUCAGUUUUGUGUUUUUAUAAGCCUAUUUUUACCGUGAAUAUGAACUGUGAUGUUACAUGUCUUUAUCGUGUAUCAUUUUAAAGUUUUUAUUAAAGUUUUUGA